GUCUUCCCGAGGCUGGGCCUGGGGACCUUCCAGCUGUCCGCGGCCGCGGAAGGACAGGCGACCAGCUGCGCGGAGGCCGUCUCCUCGGCGCUCGCCGCGGGGUACCGGCUGCUGGACUGCGCCUCGAUCUACAAGAACGAGGCCGCGGUGGGGGAGGCGCUGCGGAGGUGGGAGGAGACCGCCGCAAGCGCUGGGGCGGCCAGCGGCGGCGGCGUGCCCGCGGUGUUCGUGACCUCGAAAUGCUCGCCCUACGAGAUGGGCUUCGAGGCGGCGCAGCGCGCCUGCGACGCGUCGCUGGCGCGCCUGGGGCGGCGCAGCCUCGACCUGUACCUCGUGCACUGGCCAGCGCUGCCCAAGGUGAGCCACAGCAGCCCGCAGCACCGGCGCGCGAGGCACGAGACGUGGCGCGGCCUGGAGGAGGUCUACCGCUCGGGCCGGGCACGGGCGAUCGGGGUCAGCAACUUCACUGCCGAGCACCUGCGGCAGCUGCUGGAGGACGGCGUGGAGCAGGUGCCGAUGGUGAACCAGGUCGAGGUGCACCCGCUCUGCGUGCCCGCGGACACGCUGGCCUUCUGCGCCGCCCACGGCAUCGUCGUGGAGGCCUACUCGCCCCUGGGCGCCGGCCCAGCCAGCAACGCGGCCAGGGCGUCGGGCGGGCUGCUGAACGGCACGCGGAUGCUUCUCGGGCACGAGGCGGUAGGCGCGGUGGCCGCGGAGGUGCGGCGCACGCCAGCCCAGGUGCUGCUGCGCUGGGGCCUGCAGAUGGGCUGCGUCGUCCUGCCGCGGAGCUCGGACCCGGGUCGCAUCGCGGAGAAUG